AUGCGACGUUUAGGGUUCUUUCCAUCAUUGCUCUUAGCUUCACAAUAUACGCUGACAAUUGCGGAUACUCUUUCCAUCACCAACGUGCCUGCCUCACCAACAGGUAGCUCGGCGCCUACCAAACCAUUCGGCUCGAACAACAUUAACUCGGCCGUCGUCAUACCGGUCAUCGUCGUAUCAGUGAGCGUAUUCGUCGCUGUCCUCCUGAUCCUCUGUCUAAAAGUUCCUGUUCCUAAACGAUUUUUACAUCCUGCGCGGGAUGACGAUUCAACUCUAAGGCCGGCGGAAAUCUCGCACUUGCGAUUUUCCUGGCUUCAUCGAAGACGAAGGUCCAGACCGACGAUAUGGCCUCACUCGGUAUAUAAUGGGCAAGACUUCGAGUCGGGAAAGUGCGGAGAGCUGGAAAUGCGACGCUUGGAAGACAUGACAGGCUUUCCAGGACCAUUCAGAAAUGUACCAUUGUCACAAAGAGACGCGGAGAAAAUGUCGCAAGCGAGGAUGGAGGAGGAGGCAGAAGCUAAGAUUAGGGAGAUGCUGGAGAGAAUGGGUCCGGCGGAUAGAGCAAGGGCGAGUGAGCAGUUGAUAUAUGGACAGACGGACGAAUUGCGGGACAAAACUAUUGGAGCUCCAUUCUAA